CCAAUUGCCAUACACGUGUUUCGGAUUUUUAUUCUUAGUUCUGUUUACACAAACAUUAUGUCAUAGACAUAGACACACACAUGUACACACAUUGACAAUUGAGGGUAAAAUUGUGGGAGGCAAGGCGGUCCCUAUAGAGAAGUUCCCUCAUAUGGCUCAGUUGCUGAACGGAGGUUCGCUGUGUGCUGGCACCAUCCUAUCGAGCUGGGCAAUCAUGACUGCGGCGCAUUGUUUCGAUUUUAACCAGGACAUAGACGAUAUGGAAAUUCACGUGGGAGCCAGAUAUACAUAUGACUCGAAUGCUGAAGUGUAUAAUAUAUGGUAUUUGAUCAUACAUGAAGACUAUAAUAAGGUCAUGCCUUUUUCGUGCGACAUCGCACUUAUAUUUGUGAAAGAACCUAUCAAAUUCUCCGUUAAGUCAAAAAAGGCAGUUCUUGCAAACUCAGACAAAUGGAUGGUGCAGGGCGCAACCCACUUUUCAGCUACGGGAUGGGGCUGGGUAAAAUACAAUGGUCCGCUCUCCAGCCACGGCUUGAUGACGACCAGCCUGCAUUACGUGCCAUUAGACAAAUGCAGCCAAUUACACAACCUUACUAUGUCCGAGGACAUGUUCUGCUUGUAUGGAAGCGGAAAGUAUGACACAUGCAAAGGGGACUCUGGCGGCGGCGUGGAAUGGAAUGGGAUGGUAGUAGGAAUUGUAUCGCACGGUGAUGGCUGCGCUCAAAAAAACAAGCCCAGCGUGUAUGCCAACGUUUGGCACCUCAGAAGCUGGGUAAAGAAGAAACUGUUUGAAUUUCAAAAUGAGUUUUGCAACAGAUCGAUUACCGAUGGGAUUAGAGUCGGGACGGAAAACACAACUAUUCGAAGGUGUAACAUAAAAUAAACUUAAAAUAAAUAAUUCUC